AUGGAACUAGAACACAAAGCCAUAUGGGCAUUAAAAAAGUUGAAUCUUGACUUGGCUGAAGCUGCUAAUAUAAAUAUGACACAACUCAAUGAUAUGUAUGAGUUCCAUUUCAUAACCCAUGAGAGUGCAUUCAUUUAUAAAGAAAGGAUGAAGUCUGCUCAUGAUAAGAAGAUCUUGAAGCUGGAAUUUCAAUCUGGCGACUUGCUCUUACUCUUCAACUCAAGGUUGAAGUUCUUUCUGGCCGAGCUCAAGUCCAAAUGGUCUACCCCAUUCAAAGUUGUUAGUGUGUCUCCUUAUGGCGCCGUUGAAUUAGAGUCCGAAGAUGGGACUCGAACCUUCAAAGUAAAUGGCCAAAGGGUGAAGCACUACCUUAGGACUAUUAGAGAAAGGCAGUUGGUGGAACAAUUCUAA